AUGAGCUACCACCAGGGCCAACCCCAGCUCGGGGCGACUUUUGUGCCAGGAGGCUUCGAUGACUAUUAUAUGCCGGCUCCUUCGCCUGAAGUCAUCUCGCCUGCGCCUCAGCGGAUAAUGCCCGAAGUGCCCGAGAACAUGCAAGAAAACAUCGCGCAUCUGGAGCUGGAAGCCAACGGCCCUCGUGGUACCAACGGCGCCAUGUCACCCAUGCAGGGCUACAAUCAGUCACAGCAGAACUUCCCGCCGCGACAGGCGAGCUACCAGAACGAGCUGCCUGUCCACAACGAUCAAUGGCCGGCGCGGCAAGCGAGCAUCUCCUCUGCCUUCCGGCAACCACCAAACGUGCAGCCUCAGUCGGUGCAGCAGCAGCCGUCGCACGACUACAACCAGUUCGCCCAGAGCCACGACUCGCCCAACUUCUCCCCCUUCCCCAAGCUUCCCAACAAGCCUCCGAACGUGCCGCCGUCCGACGAUGAGAAGGAGGCUGUCCUGGAGAAUGCCCGCUUGCCGGUGCUCAACUCGAAUGAUCCCGAGAUGCAGCUGGCAUGGGCACAAGAUGCACUGCAAUAUGUAGACGCCGCGCAACUGCACGAGCAGCGCAUUUCAGAGAUCCAGGGGGCGAGACCGGCCACACCACAAGUCGAGCACCAGCUCCGUCUGGACGCGAUGAACGUAGUCACCUUCUUAGCGGACCAAGGCCAUCCGAAAGCGACCUUUAUGCGGGGUAUGUGGCUAGAGUUUGGCAAGUUUGGCAUGCGCGCAGACAAGAAGGAAGCGUUCAGAUGCUACUCCCGCGCGGCUGCAAAGGGAUACGCAAGGGCAGAAUACCGCAUGGGCAUGCAGUUUGAGCAGUCGAAUGACCCCAUCAAGGCUCUGCAGAACUACAAAGCUGGCGCCGAACAAGGCGACUCAGCCUCCAACUACCGUCUUGGUAUGAUGACGCUGCUCGGACAGCACGGCCAGCCACAAGACUUUGCAAGAGGAGUACAACUGAUCAAACUGGCUGCGGCCACUGCCGAUGAGAAUGCUCCACAGGGUGCUUACGUGCUGGGCAUGCUUCAGGCGCGAGAACUGCCCCAAAUCAAUGUGCCCGAGAUGUUUUUGCCCUACGAUGAGAAGGGCGCAAGACAAAACAUAGAGAAAGCCGCCUAUCUCGGGUUCGCAAAGGCUCAGCUGAAGAUGGGCUCCGCCUACGAGCUCUGCAGUCUGGGCUGUGAGUUUAACCCUACGCUGUCGUUACACUACAACGCACUCGCAUCUAGGCAGGGUGAGCCCGAGGCAGACAUGGCUAUCAGCAAAUGGUUCCUCUGUGGACACGAAGGAGAGUUCAAUAAGAACGAAGAGCUGGCGUACCAAUACGCGCAACGUGCCGCAGCGGCUGGCCUCGCGACAGCAGAGUUCGCCAUGGGCUACUUCAACGAGAUCGGCAUGAACACGCCGGUCAAUCUUGACAAAGCCUUGGAGUGGUACGAAAAGGCAGAGAAGAACGGCAACAAAGAUGCGACUGCACGUAUAGAGAGCAUCUCCAAGCUGUCACGGACGCUGUCAAAGAAGGACCAUGAAAACGUCGCUAUCAACAUGAUCAAAUCGAAGCACGGCUCCAUGCGAGGGCAGCGGCCAGCGAGACUGCAAAAGUCACAUGCUCCUAUGCCUUCUAUCACCGAUAUCAGUCCUUCUGAUUACGGCGAUACCUCCCCAGCCACCCCUACAGGUGGUCGCCAUCCGCCAAGGGGCGAUAGUACAACGCCGUAUCCUAUGUCUGACCAGCCCCCAAUGAUCUCGAAUGCCCCCAUGUCGGCUCCCUACGACCGUCCCUCUACAGCAGCGCCAUACCCUAUGGACAAUGGCCCCCCUCGACUAAGUCCACAGCGGCCAGGUAUCGCCGGUGGCUUUGCGCCAGAGGUGAGGGCUUCGAGUGCUCGACCUGCAUCGUCAGCAUUCAACAUCAACCCCAACGUUUAUCCUCCAAAUGAUCCUUAUGGACGCGGCAGUCCUCGACCUAAUCCCGGUCCUGGUUACGACUUGGGUCCGAUGCCAAUGCGUCCUCACACGAGUGUGGACAACAUGGGUCCAGGACGUGGUGGACGCCCUUCCAGCGGUGGUCGUGGUGCGCCGCUGCCACCAGGAGGACCAGCGAGUUACAGACAGCCGGGAGGACCGAGCGCUCAACGUCCAGAAUCCCAGAACCGCCCAUCGACGACGCAGCCUCCUGAUAUUGGAUACAGUGCGCCAGAUGGACGUAACAAGCUGCAGAAACCGACAGGGGCGCCACUCAAGAAAGCGCCCACACUGCCAGACAUUGGCUACGUCGCGCCUCUCGAGCCCCGCCAGCACACCCGCCCAUCUACAGUUCAACCAGGUCAGGAGAGUAGGACUUCUUCACGGAUGGAUAGACCCUCGACUACUACACCCGGUCAAGGCUCCCGACCCUCAUCACGGCCAGGCUCCUCUGGUCGUCCUAGCGGAUACGACAACAUGCCCAAGCCUAAUAGGGUACAAACAUUGCAACAACAGCAACCACCUCCCAAGCCUGCGCCAGUGCAAGCAGGUAAGCCGGCGACGCCUACACCACCUAAGCCAGCGCCAUCAGCUGCUUCGACACCAGGCAAGGGACCAAAGACGUUUGAUGAGAUGGGCAUAGGACAGGCGCCUAAGGACAGCGAUUGUGGCAAACGAGCCCGACAAUCUGAAUCCCAAGACAGCGACCAGUCAGAUGACGAACGAUCCGACGCGGCAAGCGGCAGCGAGUCACCCGAUGAUGAAGGUGAACAGACUCGCGAACAUGAGAUAUGGGCAACACAGCAGGUGCAGAGAGAACGCCAGGCGACUGCAAAACGGCAGAACGAGCCAACGGACUCUGGUAUCAUCGAGGAAGUUCAGUGUAUCAACUUUAUGUGUCACGAACAUCUAACGGUGACCUUGGGACCUUUGAUCAACUUCAUCAUCGGACACAACGGUAGCGGCAAGAGCGCAGUGCUCACAGCAAUUCAAAUUUGCCUGGGUGGAAAGGCUACAGCCACAAACCGCGCCCAGAACCUCAAGAGCCUCAUCAAGGAGGGCAAAGAGCACUCCUCUGUGUCUGUCAAGAUUAAGAACCAAGGGCCACUCGCUUACAAACCUGCGCAGUACGGCGACUCGAUCAUCGUCGAACGACACUUCAGUAAAUCCGGCACUUCGGGGUUCAAGCUCAAAAACGUAAAUAACAAACUUGUUACGAACAAAAAGGCUGAGCUUGAAGACAUCCUGGACGCGUUCUCUAUGCAAAUUGACAACCCAAUGAACGUGCUAACGCAGGACAUGGCAAGACAGUUUCUGAACCACUCGACAUCGAAAGACAAAUACAAGUUCUUCCUGCAAGGCACGCAGCUCGAGAAUCUCAAUAGAGACUAUCAGCAGAUCGAACAGUCUCUGGAAGUGAUGAAUGCGAGAGCAGAGGUCAAGGAAGCCGACCUUAGGGUCCUGAGAAACGAGAUGGAAGUGCUGGCGAGGAAAGCUAAACGCGCGGCAAGUCUGCAGACCAUGCGAGAUAAGGAAGCGGAGCUCGCCAAUCAAGCAGCGUGGGCGGCUGUCCGGGAGCAGGAACAAGAGGUGGAAAACAGUUUAAAGGAAAUCACGAAAUGCGAUGAAGUCAUACAAGGGCUACAAGGGGACGCAGAGAAGGCAGCAGAGCGUUACGAACAAGCAGAUCAAGCCUGUGAAGCUGCGAAGCAAUCUGUCACUGAUAUUACAGCUGAUUUAGAGCCUGCGGAGCAAUCGUUACUUGAGGCCAGAGGGAAAUUUCAAGACAUCAGAACGAAACUCCAGCAACUACAGCCUGAUGAACGGAAUGUUCAUAGCGAGUUGAAAGCAAAGAAGAAGAAAGCGCAAGAUAUCAAAGCAGAGAUCGAGCAAUACCGACGACGACAGGCUGAAGCGGACAAUGGUCGUCAUGCCGAGAAGGCUCGGGAGUGUGAAGAAGCCAAAGUACAACGCGACAAUGCCAGGGCUGCGUUCGAAGCCCAUGAUACAGGCCUUUCAGCUCUGCAGGAGAAGCUCAAGGACGCCCAGAAGGAGCAGCACGAAGCGGAUCGUGAAACGGAAGAGGCGCGGGCCGGCGUCACACGCAUCAUGAAUACUAUCAGAGCACUGCAAGGAGGCCAGAGCAACUGGAUCGAAGCGUAUCCAAAUCACAGAAAGCUGAAUGAGUUACUCAAUGCGAUCAAGUCUGAGCGCAGGUUCAGAGAACCACCAGUCGGGCCUCUCGGUCGUCACGUCAAGUUGGUGAAGUCUCAGUGGGGCCGGAUCUUGGAAAAGCAGUUCGGUCAAGCCUUGAAUGGGUUUGUUGUCACAAGCAGGCAAGAUCAGAAUACACUGUCUGUCCUGAUGAACAGGAUUGGCUGGUCUGCUCCAAUAUACAUUGGCAAAAAGGCGCACAUAGACACCACUGGGAGUGAGCCUCCGGAUGAACUUGUGACAUGGAUGAGAGCUCUUACGAUCGAAGAAGACCUUGUUCGAAAUCAGUUUAUUAUCAAUCAGUCGAUCGAGCAGACCGUGCUCAUCGAGGACAUGAAGGAAGGUGCCCAUUUCAUGGAUGCCCGUGGAAAAUCGACCGAACAUGUUAAGAUGUGCUUCACUUUUGCAGAUGGCGACACUCGAAAAGGUCGCGUCAUCAGCUACACCAACAACGGAGGUAUCAACAACAGCCCGAUUGCGGAAUACUCCGGACCUCUGCGUAUGCAGGUAGAUGAGCCUACACAGAUCAAGACAGAGGAGAGAAAUCUCGCUCAGGCUCAAAAACAACUUGAGGCUUGUGAGAAGAUCUCUAGUCAACGGCUUGAUCAGGUCAAUACAUGCAAGUCUCGGAUACGAGAUCACGAACGCCAGAAGAAAGACCUUCAAAUUGCUUUCCAACGUGCCAACAAAGAAGUGGACCGACUUGAGAACGAAUUGGACGAAGCAACUCCUGACGCAGCAGCUAUCCAGGUGCGCGAGGCAGACCUUGCAAAGGCCCAAGAAGAAUUGGUGAUAAGUGAGGGAACAUUUGAAGAUUUGAAAAUCUCAAAAUACCAGCUUGAUGAUGAAAACAAGGCGAACAAACGGGAGAUGGAUGAAGCGCAAAAGGUUGUCGCUGACUACCAGUUCCGCCUCGAGAAGGCGCAAUCGACGGUUCGAAAAAUGCAGGGCACGCGAGAAGAACAGCUCAAGCUCAAGAACGCCGCAAUCGACCAGGUUGCCAAAGCUGAAGACAUCAAGAAGCAGUGGCAAGCAGAGCUAGCCGAUCAACAGGCCCUGCUGGUAGAAGUGAUUGAUGGUGCGAAGACCAUCUGUGAAGAGCGUGUUUUUGUCCCCCCUGACAAGACAUCUGACAAGCUCCAAGAGGCGAUGGUCAGGAUGGAGAAAACAAGAAAGGAGACAGAAAGGGAGCUCGGUGGAUCGCAGCUGGAUCUUACUCGGGCGGCAAGUGAAGCGAAGCAGAAGCACCACGAUGCAAUACAGGAGUAUGAGGACAUCGACAACUUGUGUCGUCAACUCAUGAAGACCCUGGAUAACCGACGUCUUCGGUGGAAGCAAUUUCGAAAUGGCAUUUCUGUCCGGGCGCGGGUCACCUUCAACUAUCUGCUGAGCGAACGCAAAUUCAGAGGGACGCUUCGUAUCGACCACGAAAAGGCUCUUCUUGAUAUUCACGUUCAACCGGAUAUCACAGAGCGAAGCGGAGAUGGUAGAGAAACCAAGACGCUCUCUGGAGGAGAGAAAUCCUACUCUACCGUGUGCCUGCUCCUCUCACUAUGGGAUGCAAUGGGCUCACCCAUUCGUUGUCUCGACGAAUUUGACGUCUUCAUGGACAAUGUCAACCGUGAGAGAAGUUUACACAUGAUCAUCGAAGCUGCUCGCCGCUCAAUCGGUCGACAGUUCAUCUUCAUCACCCCACAGUCGAUGAGCAGCGUCACCCAAACCUCGGACGUCAAGAUCAUCAAGAUGUCGGACCCAGAGCGUGGGCAGACGGCACUGAACAUGGGACGAAGUUGA